CAGAAAAAAGUGGGAAAAUUGAGGAAAAAAGAAGAGAGCUUGUUGCCAGGGCCAGGGGGUGGUAGCUGUGGUGUUUAACAGAAAACCUUUUCGAGAGAGAAAGAGUUUCUUUUCCUUCCUCAACCCUCUUUCAGAGAGAUGGUCGAAGAGAUAAUUUUUUUCUGAGAUCAUCCUGAAAAGGGCAGUCAAGAAAAAAAUAAUCUUGGGAUUUUAAUUCAUCAAUCCAAGUAUUUCCUCAUUUUUUCCUCUUUUGCUGACUUUUGGAGCCCUUAGAUAAUCUUUCUUUUUAUCAUAAACCACCUGCAUUUUCUGGUGCAAUUCUUCUAGUUUUGAAGAUUUUUGAAUUCUAUUCAGCUUCUGAAACAAAAGCAGCAACAAAGAUUUCAUUGACUGCCCUUUUGUCCCUACUUUCUGCUAAAGUUGAUUCUUGGAAGUUUAUCGACCCCGGUUUGUGCAGUUUUUGGUGAAAACGGAAGUGUCAUAACCUAAAUUUAGAAACACAGAAGAUGAGAGACCCUGAUAUGGUCAUUUGUGUGAAGCAGGCUGAUAUUUUUAUUUUUUCAUUUCAAGCUAUAUAGUUUGUAGUAUAUAGUUGUGUACAUAAGCAAAUAGCUGAUUUUCUUUUCCUUGUACUUGUAUAAUUGUCCGAGUGAUCUUCAUCGCUCGGAGAGUCAUUGCGUAUAAGAAAACUGGCGAUUUUGUGUGGCAUUUUGUAUAGAGUCCUGACUGGUGGCAGAUAUUAUUACUGCCUCAACCACUGCUACACAUGGUUCUGCUUGCAAUGGGUGGUAGAUGGAAUGCUUGUGGAUUUAAGUUAUCAUAUCUGACACUUCUGAUUAUUCUUUAUGAUGUUCACGGAAGUAGCUCGCUCAAUUCUGAAGGACUGGCGUUGUUGGGAUUCCGAUCAAAAGUAGAUUCUGAUCCAUAUGGAGUUCUUGCAAACUGGAAUCCUGAUCACUGUGACCCAUGCUUGUGGUCUGGUGUACAGUGUCUGGCAGGCAAAGUGCAAAUUCUGGAUCUCCAUGGACAUUCUUUGGAAGGCACAUUGGCACCAGAGCUUGGAAAUCUCACUCACUUAAGAUCAAUUGUCCUGUCAGAAAACCAUUUUUUUGGUGUUAUUCCAAAAGAAUUUGGACGACUUAGAAGGCUGGAAGUGCUUGAUUUGAGGGAUAAUAAUUUGGGUGGGAGAAUUCCAGCAGAAAUAGGAGACCUGCAAUCGCUAAGAAGCUUGUUGAUUCACAACAAUAACUUUGAAGGAAGCAUGCCUUUGGAAAUUGGGAAACUUCAUUUGCUCUCUGUGUUGCAAUUUGAUGAAACAGUCAUCUCUGCUGCCGCUGGAACAGGCUGUAUAAACAGAAAAUUUGGGCACUGCAUCUGGCAUGGCAGUCUGAGGCCAUUAAAGACUGUAAACUCCUUUGUCAGACCAAUUAAGGGGACACUUAUACGUUACCUCGGUUAUCUAACACUGUUCUCCAGAGAACUUGGAAGGGGCUCAUUGGAUGAUCAGACAGAGUACUCUGGCGACCUGCCAAGUUCAUCUAGGCCUCAUAUCAUCCAUACUGUAAAGAACCAAGCGAAUGUUGCACGCCGUAAGUUAGUUGAACAAUCCAGCAACCUUGCUGCUCUUCCUGCCAAUGGUGGGAAACCUAUGGGUCCUGUUGCGCCAGUGCCAAGCAGCAGAAGUAGUGGGUCAUUUCGUGCUGUGCCAAGUACCCAAGGAACACCUCCAUUACCCUUACCCUCCUCACGUCAGCAGCCUGAGUCUCAAUACAAACCAAUUCCAAAGGGACAGUCAAAUAGUGCUGUUAAACAGCCAGCUAAUAGACAAGUUCUGCCUGGCAGAAAAUCUGGAAAUACAUGGAAGUAUAUAGUUGGGGUUUCUAUUGGAGUUUUUCUGCUCGUUGCUGCUGCAUUCGUGUUCUUAGUUUGGAGAAGCAGAGCUGCAAGAACAAUAGGCCCUUGGAAGACUGGCUUGAGUGGACAGCUGCAAAAAGCAUUUGUUACAGGGGUCCCAAAGCUGAACAGGUUUGAGCUUGAAACAGCAUGUGAGGAUUUUAGCAAUAUUAUUAGCAGUCAUGAUGCAUAUAUAAUCUACAAGGGAACUCUAUCGAGUGGAGUAGAGAUUGCUGUUGCCUCGACUACUCUAACUUCUCUGAAAGAUUGGUCUGAAAGUUCAGAAAUGGCCUUCAGGAAGAAGAUUGAUACACUUUCAAGAGUGAACCACAAAAAUUUUGUUAAUCUUAUUGGGUACUGUGAGGAGGAUGAACCUUUCACUAGGAUGAUGGUCUUUGAGUAUGCUCCAAAUGGAACUCUUUCUGAGCAUCUGCAUGUUAAAGAAGCCGAUCCUCUUGACUGGCCUGCAAGGAUGAGAGCUAUAAUGGGAACAGCAUAUGGUCUUCAGUACAUGCAUGAUUUGAAUCCUCCAGUGCCCCAUUCCAACUUGAACUCAAAUGCCAUAUUUUUGACUGACGAUUAUGCUGCUAAGAUCACUGAGAUUGGUUUCUGGUCAGAACUAAUAGCCAAGUCAAAGUUCUCAAGUGAUGAUUUAGAAAAUUCUGAGCUGCCACCACUUGCUGAUCGUGAAACAAAUAUUUAUAGUUUUGGGAUUCUGUUACUAGAAGUAAUUUCUGGAAAGUCACCUUAUUCAGAAGAAAAAGAAUCUCUUCUGAACUGGGCGGCGCAAUACCUUAAAGAUAAGAUGAAUGUGAGCUCCUUGGUUGAUCCAACACUGAAGUCCUUCAAGAAUAAUGAGCUUAUGGUUAUCUGUGAGGUAAUAGAAGAAUGCCUUCAAAAAAAUACAAUGAGGAGACCAACUAUAAGCGAAGCAAUUGCAAAAUUAAGGGAAACAAUUGAUAUAUCGCCUGAUGCUGCAGUUCCAAGGCUUUCUCCCCUCUGGUGGGCUGAACUCGAGCUCUUAUCUUCUGAGGCAGCUUAGUCUCACUUGUUUGUUUACUUUGUAAGUUGAGAGUUGCUCUACUACUACAUAUGAAUACACAAAAUAUAACUGGUUUUUCGUAAGACUCAAACCCUAAUAUGCCUCAUAUUUUUCUGUUUCCCCCCAUUCCUCUGUAUUCUGAAGAAUUUUAUUGGUUCAUUCUUUCAUUAUUUUUCGUGCAGUUGUGCGUUCCCUUGGUUGGA